AUGGCGGAGACUGUCACCAUCGCAUCGCCCUCCUUCGCCUUGAAUGCGUCGGAGCCCGUUCCGAAGAUCUCCACGACGAUCAAGAGGCCCGCUCGCCCUCCGCUGUCUGCGGCCAAAAAUGUCCCCAAGACGGUUGUCGCAGCAGGCGUGACCAAGCGGAAGCAGUCCAAGAGCCGCAACGGAUGCAUCACAUGCAAGAAUAAGCGUCUCAAGUGCGAUGAGACGAAGCCGACUUGCCAACAGUGUGCACGGCGGGCAGUCACCUGUGGAGGCUACAAGAAGGACUUCAAAUGGCGGCCCUUUGAGGAGCCAAGUACUUCGAGCAAGCUGCCUACAAAGGCACGAAGAGAUUCUGACACUGCAUCACUGAAUGCUGCACCCUCGACCAGCCAGAGCACAGCAGGCUUCUACGAGGCACACUAUGCGUUCGCCGGCCCACCACAGAAUCACCACGUCUACUAUGCCCCACCGCCAGCCCACUACGCCUCGCUGCACAACGCCCCGCUGCAGAGCUCAUUCCAGCAGUGUUCAUACCCGCUGGCAGACAGCUACUCGGCGCCACUGUCGUCCCCGUACCUGAUUACGCCUCAGGCAACAUCGCCCGCCAACUCAUUUGCACCGGGCUCUGGCUCCCUCGCGGGCUCCCACAGCACACAUGGCUCAGAGAGCAUCGGGUCGAGGAAGAGAAAGGCUACCGGGCCUUCCAGCGUGUCUUCGGGGCAAUCACCGCGCCUUGUAGAUCUCCUGCUGCCCGGCACUGAUCUCAGUGCGCCGCCUGAAGAGUACAGCACCUUCGUCUCCCAGCACGAAGCCGUCUACCAGCCGACAGGACACACCCCACCCGCAGACUCACUGCAUGACGAUAUCGAGGAAGUGCCACGCAACCCAAACUCUGAUCAGGAAGCCUGGGUCAUGCGACACCCCUCUCCCGCGUCCUCUGCCUCGUCGAGCUCUUCGUCAGAUUCGCCUGCCAUGCCAAUGCUUGUGCAACCUCAGUUCUCCCUUGCUUCGCCAGAACACCUCACGCGACGGUACGAUCGAGACACGUGUGGCGUACUGUCGGUCAAGGACGGUCCAACCGAGAAUCCCUGGCGCACCCUUGUCUGGCCACUCGCCCGCGACUGUCCUGCAUUGUAUCAUGCAAUCGCGUCCAUGACGUCGUUCCAUCAGAGCAAAGAUAUGCCCGCUAUGCGAAUCCAAGGGAUCGAUCACAUGCGCAAUGCAGUUCAUGCACUAGCCGCUGGUCUGCAAAACAUGCGCUUCGAUGCAGCCAUCUCGACCACACUUGUACUCGCCUUCUCAGAGUCAUGGGAUCAGCACAUCAGCACUGGUAUCAACCACAUCAAGGGCGCCAAGAUUCUGAUCAACCAAGCCCUUGUGCAACAUCGGCAAACACCGAAACAAGGCGAAGAAUGGGUUCGCCUCAAAUUUCUCUGCAACACCUGGAUAUACAUGGAUGUCAUCGCUCGCCUGACUUCUGCUGAUGACGACGAGAACAACGACGUGGAUUUUGUUCAUGACAGCAUCUACGCAAAUGGCGAGGUGGACACAAAGUUAGACCCCCUAAUGGGCUGUGCACAUACGCUAUUUCCUAUCAUUGGUCGCGUGGCGAAUCUUGUCAGAAAAGUGCGGCGGACUGACAGCAACGGACCGACCAUCAUAUCACAGGCCCUCCAUCUCAAAUCACAACUCGAGGAAUGGACGCCACCAUCCUUUAUUGAAGAUCCCGAGGACGAGACGACCAGCCCACACGAUUCGAUCAAGACAGCCGUCGCCUACCAAUAUGCCACACUGUUAUACCUCCAUCAAGCCGUACCUGAAAUCCCAUCGCUUUCUUCACAAGUCCUUGCCAAAAGGGUGCUUUGCGAGCUGGCUACUGUAGAGCCACGUUCUCGCUCUAUCAUUGUACAAAUAUUCCCACUCAUGGCAGCUGGUUGUGAAGCCAUGGAUCAAGAAACUCGCGAAUGGGUCAAAGAACGUUGGGGCAUCAUGUCGUCACGCAUGAAGCUCGGCAUACUAGAAAAGACACUCGACGUCACAAAGGAAGUCUGGAUCCGCCGCGAUGCUUACGCUGCAGACCGCCAGAUGCUAGACGAAAUGCGGAGUGAUAGCUUCUCGCCAAACACGCCGCUCAAACGCGACUUUGACAACUUUUUCGAGGACUUCCAAACCGACGGCGACUAUUGCUGGACCGACGGCAGCUCGAAACGCAGAGCAAUCGACUCGAUGUCGUCGUACACUGGUCCCGUAUCUAGCCCGCUCAUCGCAGAGCCAUCCAAGAGGAGGCAAAUGUCGAGCAGCAACGCUGAAUACCUCGAGCACGAUUUGACGGUCAAAGGCCGCUUGCAUUGGCUGGGCGUGAUGAAGGACUGGAAUUGGGAAAUUCUUCUCGGAUAA